UCAUAAAGCCAUAAGCUGGGAUCUGUCCAACCUUCCUCCAUCUCCUCGUCCUCCGUUCCAGAGGUGGAUUUGGAUGCAUUUGGAAUCACCAACCAACAACAAAAAGAUACCAGGUCUGGAAAACCUGUUCAAUCUCACUCUCAGCUACAGACAGGAUGCUGAUAUUCCUGUACGGAUGCGCUUGAUGACCAGGAAGAAACCUAAUGAGGUUUUUGUGAUUCCCAAAAAGGACAAACUGGUGUGUUGGAUUGUAAGUAACAAUAGUCCCUCAACUGGUGUCGACACAAGGAACAUUUUUUACAGAGAAUUCAGCAAAUACAUACAAGUGACUUUGUUCGGAAGGGCCUAUGCAAAGUUCCUGGAUUAUAAUGAUUACUAUCCAACCAUGGCCAGCUGCAAAUUUUACCUUGCCUUUGAGAACUCCAUCCACAAGGACUACCUCACUGAGAAGAUAAACGGGCCGCUCGCGGCAGGUACCGUCCCUGUGGUUUUGGGUCCUCCGAGAAGAAACUAUGAAAUCUUUGUUCCUGCUGAGUCCUUCAUUCAUGUGAAUGACUUCCCAGAUGCAAAGUCACUAGCCGAAUAUCUGCUUUGUCUGGACAAGGAUGAAGAUUCAUAUCGCAAGUACUUUAACUGGAGGGAUCAUCUCACUCCAAGUCCUCAUUUAAUAUUACAGACACAAGAGUUUAUUCUGCCUAUUUGCUCUGCCUGUGACCAUGUAGCACGACGCAGGGAAUAUAAAGAAGCUCAUGAUAUUUAUGAUUGGUACUUCAAUUAAAGUUACCUCAGGUUUUCUUACAUUAUCAGUUACUGACUACAAUGUUUAUGAAAUAGAUUGUAUUUUAUAUGAUCUGUUACUUUUGAUAUUAGAUUUUGUAACCGUUUUGGUG